AAGCCAAGGAUGGUGCAAACUCAAAGAUACAGUGGACUUGGGAAGAAGAAUGUACCUCCCUCCCAUUGCUUCUUUAAGAGCUCUGAUAGGUCAUUUAUUAUUGGAACUAAAAUGAUAUAAACAAUUCCCUCUCUUCUGUCUCUCUUUUCCCCUUGUUAACAGCAACUUUCAUUGUUAGAGAGGGAGAGAGAGGGAGAGAGAGCAAGAGAGAGCGAGGAGAGAGAGAAGCCUUGCUGGUUGACGUCACUUUUGGUUCAUGAAGCCUUCGCCUAGAAGUGAAGCCGCUGAACAAACCUUGAGAAGAAUCAUCUCUACUUCAAUCUGCUUCUGGGGAGGAACUAACCAGAGAGAACGAAGACGAAGAAGGAGGGAGGUGGGGGAAAGGCUUUCAUUAUCGCAACUCUCACCUCCAUUUCAACUCUUUGUACUUUUUUUUUCCUUAUAAAAAUCCACUAGAGUAAUAAGGAAGGGGGUGGAGGUUACCAAAAACAAAACAAAACAAAAAAUCGUAACCUUCAAGACCAUCGGGGUAGGGAAGGGGGAAAAUAACCCAAACCAAUCCAUCUACAGCGACUCCCACCCAGUUCGAAACUCAAGGUUGUGCAACAGUGAUGACACAAGACUGACUACAUUCAUCACAAUAUGGAGUCUGGAGAGCGGUUAACAUCAGCGACGGCCUCCUCUACUGCACCUACUUCAUCUUCUACAUCUUCUCCACCUUCUGUAGUUUCAGCAGUUUCCAAAGGCGGCCUUUCCACUGGAGCUGCCUCGCUCAGCUCCACAAUCAACACGUGUGGACAUUUAUUCAGAGCAGCUGGGGAUCAACCGUUUAACCUGUCCACAGUGUCGAGUGCCUUCCCAAUGGUCAGCCACCCAGUCUUUGGUCUACAUACAGCCAGCUCAGGGCAUUCAGAAUUUGGUGGUUUGGGGACACUUGGUACCCCUACAGCCUUAGCAGCACAUCCCCAACUAGCACCUUUUCCAGGUGCAGAAUGGUGGAGAACAGCCGAUGUACAUGCUCGAUCAGGGCCAACCUUUUUUUCACCACUCCUGGGGAUUCCACCACUGUUUGCUUCUUCAGCUCAGAAUCAUGAUUCAUCUUCAUUCCAUUCAAGGAGUACAGGAAAAAAUAAUCGAGGUGGUCUAGAAAAAGGUGUAAAUGGGUCAGUACAUGGCAACAGUCCAUCACCUGUACUGGGCAUCAGUACAUCUGUAUUAGCCGCUACAGCGUCAAGUUCCACUGGACAAACAAAAGCUAUGGCUCCAGGAGGAGGAAGUCGCAAAUGUAAUCAGGAUCAAACAAAAAAUCAGCUUUUAGAUGCCAGAGCUGACAAAUCAAAGACAAGCCAGACAACUGAUGGGGAAGAGGAGGAAGAAGAGGAAGAGGAGGAGAGAUUGGACCAGCUGGAGUGCACCAACUACCAGGGCCACACUCCCCUCCAUGUGGCUGUGAUCCACAGGGACACAGAGAUGGUUCAGCUGCUCCAAGAAGCAGGGGCUGAUCUCAACAAACCAGAGCCUACUUCUGGGCCGUGGAGGCAGAGGCUGCAGAGACCCCCUCCUCACCUGUCUCCUGCGUGCUCACGGGGCCCCGAGCCCGAGUCUGAGGAUGAGGAAGACUACAGCCCCAGAGGCAGCGACAGUGACAAAGAUGAUGAGUACGAUGACAUCAAACCAAGAAAGAAAGCCAUGGAAAGUUCAAGCAACAGCGACAGUGACUCAGGCACAUCCUCAGACAUCAGUGAAGGCAUCAGCAGCAGUGACUCAGAUGAUUUAGAGGAAGAUGAAGAGGAAGAAGACCAAACUGUUGAAGAAAGUGAAGAUGAUGAUUCUGAUUCAGAAAGUGAAGCACAACAUAAAAAUAAAACCAAGGUGCUAUUGCAUGGUAUUAUGGACCUGAAAUCAGAUGGACAAAAAGCAACUGAAAAGUCCCGAAAAAGAAUACACCAGCCAAUACCUCUUGUGUCUGAAUCUCAGACUCACUUCAAUCAUUCCAUCCAGCAGAAGCAUCCUCAGGUUUUGUCACAGCAGCUUCCCUUUAUUUUCCAAAGCUCUCAGGCAAAGGAGGAAUCUGUGAACAAACACACCAGUGUAAUACAGUCUACGGGAUUGGUGUCCAAUGUGAAACCUUUGUCUUUGGUAAAUCAAACCAAAAAGGAAACUUACAUGAAACUUGUAGUUCCUUCUCCUGAUAUACCCAAAGCAGGGAAUAAAAAUACCUCUGAAGAAUCUAGCCCUUUGACCAGUGAAUUGAGAUCCAAACAGGAACAGUUCAAACAGACAUUCCCAACACAGAUAAAGAAACAAGAAUCAUCUAAGAGCCUGAAGAAGGUUAUUGCAGCUUUGUCAAGUCCAAAAGCAAUCUCUAGCUCACCAGCGCAUCCCAAACAAACAACAUUAGAAAACAACCACCAAAAUCCAUUCUUGACAAAUGCACUUUUAGGUAAUCACCAACCAAAUGGAGUUAUUCAAAGUGUCAUCCAAGAAGCUCCUUUAGCACUUACCACCAAAAGUAAAACACAAAGCAAGAUAAAUGAAAAUGUACCUACUUCAAGUAACAUCCCUUUUUCUUCACCUGUAAAUUUAAGUACAUGUGGGAGAAAAACAUCAGGCAACCGGACCCCUGUAAUGUCCUCUACCUCUCCUGUACUGCAUGGUCCAGGGAAGGAAAAAUCAGUCAGCAAUAAUAUUAUAACCACAGUAAAUCCACAGCAUCACCUUCCUUCUGCAAAAUCCUUAGUGGAACAGUUUAGAGGAACAGAUUCAGACAUUCCCAGUAGUAAAGACUCUGACGACUCAAAUGAUGAGGACGAUGAGGAUGACGAAGAUGAAGAGGAUGAGGAUGAGGAUGAUGAAGAUGAUGAUUCUGAUGACAGCCAAUCAGAAUCCGAUAGUAAUUCUGAAUCUGAUACAGAAGGGUCAGAAGAUGAGGAUGAUGAUGAUGAUAAGGAUCAAGAUGAAUCAGAUAGUGAUACUGAAGGAGAGAAACCUUCAAUGCAAUUGAAUAAGACAACUUCCUCUGUCAAAAGCUCUUCCAUCAGUCUCACGGCUCAUUCGACGCCACUUAAUCUCCAAGUACCCAAACCUCCUGGUUCUGCUCCUGCUGCCUUAUGUCCUGAAUCCCAGUCACCCGUUUUCCUCAACACUCCUCCUUCUACGCUGACUUCAAGUCCACACUGUGGUACUUCCAAAAGGAGGAGAGUAACAGAUGAGCGGGAACUGCGCAUAUCCUUUGGAAUAUGCUGGCAAAGGGAGACACGAAUAAGAAACUUUGGAGGGCGCCUACAAGGAGAAGUAGCAUAUUACGCUCCAUGUGGAAAGAAACUUAGACAGUAUCCUGAAGUAAUAAAGGGAAUGCAGUGGUGUCUUCUGAAGGAAGAGGAAGUCAUCCCCCGAAUCAGGGCAAUGGAAGGUCGUAGAGGACGACCACCCAAUCCAGACAGACAGCGUGCUAGAGAGGAAUCCAGAAUGAGAAGGCGCAAAGGUCGACCUCCAAAUGUUGGCAGCAGUGAAUUUCUUGAUAAUACAGAUGCCAAACUCUUAAGGAAGCUGCAAGCCCAAGAAAUAGCAAGACAAGCAGCACAAAUAAAGCUUUUGAGGAAACUUCAGAAGCAGGAACAGGCUCGAGUUGCCAAAGAAGCGAAGAAGCAACAAGCAAUAAUGGCCGCUGAAGAGAAACGAAAGCAAAAGGAGCAGAUAAAAAUAAUGAAACAACAGGAGAAAAUUAAGAGAAUACAGCAAAUCAGAAUGGAAAAAGAACUUCGAGCCCAGCAAAUUCUAGAGGCUAAAAAGAAAAAGAAGGAAGAAGCGGCAAAUGCCAAAUUAUUGGAGGCCGAGAAACGAAUAAAGGAAAAAGAAAUGAGAAGACAACAAGCUGUUCUUUUGAAGCAUCAGGAGUUGGAGAGGCAUAGACUAGAUAUGGAAAGAGAGAGACGACGACAACAUAUGAUGCUUAUGAAAGCUAUGGAAGCUCGUAAAAAGGCAGAAGAAAAAGAAAGAUUGAAGCAAGAAAAACGUGAUGAAAAAAGAUUAAAUAAAGAACGCAAACUAGAGCAACGAAGAUUAGAAUUAGAAAUGGCAAAGGAACUAAAGAAGCCUAAUGAAGAUAUGUGCUUAGCAGACCAAAAGCCUUUGCCAGAGUUACCACGCAUCCCAGGACUUGUUCUCUCUGGAAGUACAUUUUCAGAUUGUCUCAUGGUGGUACAGUUCUUACGAAAUUUUGGUAAAGUUUUGGGCUUCGAUGUGAACCUUGAUGUCCCGAACCUGAGUGUUCUUCAAGAGGGAUUACUCAAUAUAGGAGAUAGCAUGGGUGAAGUACAAGACUUACUUGUAAGGCUCCUCUCUGCUGCUGUCUGUGAUCCAGGCCUAAUAACAGGAUACAAGGCCAAAACAACUCUUGGAGAACACUUACUGAAUGUUGGUGUCAACCGGGACAAUGUUUCUGAGAUCUUGCAGAUUUUUAUGGAAGCCCAUUGUGGACAAACCGAACUUACAGAAAGCCUAAAGACGAAAGCUUUUCAGGCACACACUCCAGCUCAGAAAGCAUCAGUACUUGCUUUCCUCAUUAAUGAGCUAGCAUGUAGCAAGAGUGUUGUAAGUGAAAUUGACAAGAAUAUUGAUUACAUGUCAAACUUAAGGAGAGAUAAAUGGAUGGUAGAAGGUAAACUUCGCAAACUCAGAAUCAUUCAUGCUAAGAAAACAGGGAAAAGAGACACCACAGGUGGAGGUGAACUUGGAGAAGAACCACACUCAUUGGGUACACCUACUACAGGGCGCAAGCGAAGACGGAAAGGUGGAGAUAGUGACUAUGACGAUGACGACGAUGAUGAUAGUGAUGACCAAGCUGAUGAAGAAGAUGAAGAUGAAGAAGAUAAAGAUGACAAAAAAGGAAAGAAAAUAGAUAUUUGUGAGGAUGAGGAUGAUGGUGAUCAAGCAGCAAGUGUUGAAGAGCUGGAGAAACAGAUUGAAAAACUGACUAAACAACAGAGUCAGUACAGAAGGAAGCUCUUUGAUGCAUCUCACUCUUUACGGUCAAUGAUGUUUGGCCAGGAUCGCUAUCGACGUCGAUACUGGAUUCUUCCCCAGUGUGGGGGCAUUUUUGUGGAAGGCAUGGAAAGUGGUGAAGGUCUAGAAGAAAUUGCAAAAGAGAAAGAAAAAUUGAAAAAAGCUGUUAUACAAAUCAAAGAAGAAAUGUUUGAGACCUCUGAUGACACAUUAAACUGCUUAAAUACAGGCCACUGUGAACAAAAAGAAGAUCUUAAGGAAAAGACAACACUAAUCAUAUUUCUCCAAAAACCUGGCUCUUUCUCCAAAUUAAGCAAAUUGUUAGAAGUUGCUAAAAUGCCUCCUGAGUCAGAUAUUAUGAACUCCAAAUCAAAUUGUGUGCAAGCCAACGGAUGCACAUUAUCUUACCAAAACGGUGCAAAAAAUUCUCCUCUGCAGCCUUCAACCAGAGCAGUAUCACAAAGCAGCAAGGAAAAGGCAGAUUCUAACCUAUUUAGUCCAGUCUCUAGUGUCAAGGGAAGUUUACGCCCUCCAUUAAUUCGCCAAUGACCCAAUUGUUGAAAAACCUUGACAGAAAAGAAUAGACACUGGUUCAGCCUUUUACCCAGAAUGCCCUGUGAUGACACUUCCCUUACCCAUGCAGAUGGAUCUGCUGCUGCUUCACUGGCUCCUCAUUCUCAACCUCCUACUAUAUCACCUUCACCUGUUCCAUCACCACUUCUAGGGUCUUCCUCUGCACAGAAUACAAUGGGUCUUAGUCCAUUUGCUUUAUCACCACUUCAGAUGAAGAGUGGAUUACCUAUAAUGGGACUUCAGUUUUCUGGAUGGCCAACAGGAGUUCUCACUUCAAAUGUUCCCUUUACAUCUCCUUUACCUAGUCUGGGAUCAGGGUUGGGAUUGUCAGAAGGAAAUGGUAAUUCAUUCUUGACCCCAAAUGUUUCUUCAUGUAAAAGUGAAUCAACCGGGUGCCACAGAAUGAAAAAGGCAUCUUCGGCUACCCCUGGAACAGUUGAAGUAGCAAAACCAGUAGAUUUUCCUAGUCCAAAACCCAUUCCAGAAGAAAUGCAGUUUGGUUGGUGGAGAAUUAUUGAUCCAGAGGACCUAAAAGCUUUGCUUAAAGUGCUACAUCUCAGGGGGAUAAGGGAAAAGGCAUUGCAGAAGCAAAUACAGAAACACUUGGAGUAUAUUACUCAGGCCUGCAUCAAAAAUAAGGAUGUCGCUAUUAUUGAAAUAAAUGAAAAUGAAGAAAACCAAGUAACUCGAGAUAUUGUAGAGAACUGGUCGGUGGAUGAGCAAGCAAUGGAAAUGGACUUGACUAUUCUUCAGCAGGUAGAAGAUUUAGAAAGGAGAGUUGCAUCAGCAAGUUUACAAGUGAAGGGUUGGAUGUGUCCAGAGCCUGCAUCAGAAAGGGAAGACUUGGUAUAUUUUGAGCAUAAGUCAGUUACUAAAUUGUGCAAGGAGCAUGAUGGAGAGUAUACUAGAGGAGAAGAAAGCAGUGCCAGCCCUCUAGAACGGAAGAGUGACAACCCUCUAGAUAUAGCUGUAACCAGGCUGGCUGAUUUGGAGCGGAACAUAGAGCGAAGAAUUGAAGAGGAUAUUGCUCCAGGGCUCAGGGUAUGGAGAAGGGCAUUAUCAGAAGCUCGCAGUGCUGCACAGGUAGCUCUGUGCAUUCAGCAGUUACAGAAAUCAAUAGCAUGGGAAAAAUCAAUUAUGAAAGUUUACUGCCAGAUUUGCCGAAAGGGAGAUAACGAGGAACUGCUCCUUCUCUGUGAUGGCUGUGACAAAGGCUGCCAUACUUACUGCCAUAGGCCCAAGAUUACCACCAUACCGGAUGGGGACUGGUUUUGCCCAGCUUGCAUUGCCAAGGCAAGUGGUCAAACUCUAAAAAUAAAAAAACUUAAUAUCAAAGGAAAAAAGAGUAAUGAACAAAAGAAAGGGAGGAAAUUAUCUCUAACGGGUGAUACUGAAGAUGAAGAUUCAGCAGCCACAAGUAGUUCACAAAAGAAGGGAAAUAAAGACCCCAAGAAAAGAAAAAUAGAGGAAAACAUCUCUCUGAACUUGUUAAAACAAGAAAGUUUUACUUCUAUUAAGAAACCUAAAAGAGAUGAUUCCAAGGACCUGGCUUUAUGCAGCAUGAUCCUGACUGAAAUGGAAACUCAUGAGGAUGCAUGGCCUUUUCUACUUCCUGUAAACUUGAAACUUGUUCCUGGUUAUAAGAAGGUUAUUAAGAAACCGAUGGAUUUUUCUACCAUUAGAGAAAAACUAAGUAGUGGACAGUACUCUAACCUCGAAACCUUUGCUCUAGAUGUCAGGCUUGUUUUUGACAACUGUGAAACCUUUAACGAAGAUGAUUCUGACAUAGGCAGAGCUGGCCACAACAUGAGGAAGUAUUUUGAAAAAAAAUGGACAGAUACUUUCAAAGUGAGCUGAAGUUACCAGAACUGCUCUUCCCCCUUUAAACAGGACCGAUGAGACCAGCAAUGUGAACUGUAUUUACAUAAAAGUGCAAGGCACAUACAUAAGACUUUUUUUUUUCCUAAAGUAUCAGAAAAGUGAUACUACUUCUAAAGGCUUCACUCCUACAGCAACCAUGGCCCUUGGUUAUUGGUUUGUAUGUUUUAUCAACUAAUUUAGGUAGAACAGGGAAGCACACCCAAAGAAUUUUCAAAGAGAGGGGUGUUCUAGUGCAAUAGCAAUGAAAAUAUAUCAAAACGCACUGAAUAUUCAACCACCAGAGCUCUACUUGGGAAAUGGUUCUCCUUUCCCACUCAAUAAAUAUCUAUUUUUCAUUUUUUUACUUUGUAGUUUAUUUUUUAGUGAAUGUAUUUAAUUUUAUGAAUUAUUUAUGAUUAAACUGCAUCCAGAAUCUUCGUUUUCUGUGAAAAGGAAGAAUUAGAAAAUUGCUUUAAAUCUUGAAAAUACAACAAGGAAUGUUUUAAAAUAUAAAACAAAGCCAAGUAAAACUGUUUACACUGAUGUGCUAUAAAAGCACUAAAAAUUAAACUUUACUGUAGAGUAACAAGUACAUUUAUAUAUAUGUUGCUGCAUCACUUGUGUAGUUAAAUUGUAUUUCAAGACAGUGAAGAAAAAUUGACAUGUAUAUACUGUUCAUUAUUGUUUAUAUUAAGUAUUGUUUUAAAUAUGUAUGAUGUGUACAUAUUGUUUGCAGACAUUAUUGUUUAUGCCUUAGAAGGACUGUAGCAUUUUAUUUUAGUCUUAAGGUAAUUAUAGCUAUACAGCUUGUACAGUAAUUAUCCUCUACCAACACUGUGGAGUCUCCUUAAUCUUGGUAGUGCCUGCUUUUGAAACAGGGUGUAGGGGAUAUUAGUUUUCCAUUUUUUCUAUUUUGUUAUAUAAUUUCAAGCCACCAGGGCCUCAAAUUCAAGUAUAUAAUCAUUUGUAUCCAUGUGGAAUAAAAUUGUGACAAUUUCCUACGCACACAGUAUUUUUUCAUAGAAACAUUUCCCUCCCAUUUGCCUUGCCACAGAAAUAAAUUUUAAAAAAAAAAGACAUUUGUAACCACUGUGUUUUAUCUACUGUGUGUUGUGGUGGCCUGUUGGAGGCAGAUAGAUCAGAAUUUUUUUGUACCUAUGUAAGAGUACUUGAAGUUUUAUUUAAAAUAAAAUGUUGUGGAAAAGGUAGCAAUCUUUUUUCCCCCUUUUUUUUAGGAGUGUUAUUUUUCACUAGUAUGUGUGGCACGGAUACAAUAAAAGACUUUUGCAAACUAGUUUAAGUUUUUUUUUUUAGUAAUCCUAAAGUUAGAAUAUUUUUUUAAUCUUGAUUUCUAAAUGCUUUUAUUGACAUCCACAUAGAGAACCAGAAAAAAAUGUGUUAAAAGUAUAAUAUAUCAAAAUGAUUAGAUUCUUAAUUUAGUUCAUAGGAUUCAACAAAAGGUCAUAGCAGAGUUUCCAUUAUUUACAGCUAAAUAGAGGGAAAAUAAAAACAUUUUUUAAAUUAGUUGUUCUAACUUAGAAUCAAGAGUCACAACAUAUACAAAAAGUAUACUCCAAAAUUCCUAAAAUGGUUAGCUAAUACUUGUAUGACUAUCAUCAGCAUGCUUAUUAUAGUGUAAAUGUCAGGUUUCAGUUAACUAAACAUUUAACUAACACUUUAAAGAUUUCAUUCAAAAAAUACAAAAUAGAGUUGAGAACUCAAAUGUG